CACCUUCCUCACUCCAGCCACCGCGAUGUGUCAUUCUCGCAGCUCCCUACCCAGCAUGACCAUCCGGCCAGCUCCGACGCCUGUCUCCUCCACCAGCCCAGGACACCGGCGGGGUUCUGGGCCCGAGAUCUUCACAUUUGAUCCUCUCCCGGAGCCAGCUCCGGCACCGGCCACCCGCACCAUCGCCUCUCGCGGGUACAAGAAGCGAAGCCGCAGGGUUCUCUACCCUCGAGCAGUGGUCCGGCGCCAGCUGCCCGCGGAAGAGCCGAAUCCUGCCAAGAGACUCCUGUUUGUGCUGCUCACCAUCAUCUUCUGCCAGAUCCUGAUGGCUGAGGAAGGUGUGUCGACGCCCCUGGAGCUGCAGGACGCCCCCAGCGCCGAGUCUCCUGAGCCUACUCCCGCGCCCCAGAUCCUAGAGCCUUUCAACCUGACCUCAGAGCCCUCGGACUACGCUUUGGACUUCAGCACUUUCCUCCAACAACAUCCAGCCGCCUUCUAAGGACUCGUCCCCCAAGACAAUUGGAAAAAAACCCAACCAACACCAGAUGUAGCUGGUGCAUGAGAGCGUAUCCCAAACUGGGACUCCCGAGGCAACUCGAACUCUUACACUACACAGCCGGGGCGCCAGCCCGUGGCCGCCUCUACGGGGCAGGAGAGCGUCGUUAACUUAAUUCUCAUUGCUCCUAACUCCUAUUUAAUAUGUAUUUAUAUAUGUCCUCCUGGGAGAUGGAGGGAUGUAUGUAAUAUUUAUUGUUUUAACUUAUGCAAGGGCGCAGCAUUAUGCCCCUCUGCUGUAGAAAUGUCAGGGCAUGAAUAUGCUGUAUUUAUUGAACUUGGUGGGGUUGGUGGAGGUGGAGGGAGAGUGGGAGGAAGGGGUGGUGGUGAUGGGUCAUGGCUUUCGUGGGUGACAUCUCAACCCACGGCAUCUCAACCCUGCGCGUCCCUGGCGCAAGACUGCGGGGGCACUGCUGGGAAUCAAGUUCGUGGUCCUCGACCUCCUCUGAGUCGCCCCUAAGGGGCAGCGGCAGGAUCGGGGGUCUGUGGGCUGCCAGGGGCGGCUGUCGGGUUCGCCCAGUAUGUUCUGUGAACACAAAUAAACCUAACUGACCAUCA